GUAUAUAUUAUAUUAAUGGCUUGUCUGUGCUUUUCGGUCUAGAUAGGAGGUAAUAAGUGUAUAUAUACAUAUAUGUCUGUAUCUAUAUCAGACAUGUCCCACCACAAACAUCCUAACCCAACCUUCGUUUCUUCAUACACAAACUGUCUACGAGAAUAGUAACUGGAAUAUGAUCCUAGAAUUCAUAUUAAGAACCAUCCCUAGCAGGAUCUCGCCCAUUCUUGUCCGAUCGAGAACUGCACCUCACUCCUUGAAUAUGGUCCUGAUUGGUUGCAUUCCAGAGUCCUGGAAUCUGUAACAUGUUCCAUAAAAUUGCAAUCUUCGCCCUGCGCUCUCUUUCUUUUCUCCCCUUUUCUUCUUCUUUCUCCUCUAUUCCUUCCAACCCUCCCUUUGGCCCACGAUCUACGGGAGCCUGGGGGUACGGGAUAUGGAUGCACACACCUGCAGGAAGCCCACAAUUUACUCUCAGUUUCACAACCUUUGUUUCGUGUGAAGAGGGCCCCUCCUUGUUUGAGAGGGCGGGUCUGCUUUGUUGUGAAGGGAUUAAUUCGGUAUUAUAUUAUCCCUCAGCUUCUGGGUAUCCCUUUCUUGUUUCACCAAACCUGCCAGCCUCACCCCGCUGCUCUCGAUCCUCUCGACGCGAACUUUUCCCCAGGAAUAAGGUGGGUAGCGUUGAAUACCAAAGCUCGACCUUCCAUCUAUUUCUUACUGCGUCAACUUGGAACAAAAGCCUCUAAUUGGAUGGAUGACUAGGUUGUUGUCCUGGUGUCCACCAAUAAGAAGAACAGUGAAAGAUGGCUCUUGUUCGCGAUCCGGCGUUUUGGCGGAGAUUUUCGGUGGCUGUCCGCUUGGACGAGGAGGUAAAA